AUGUCUCUUUGUUCAAAAAUUGCACCCCACUUCAAUUCCACACCCCUCUCUCACCAUCAGUUUCUGUUACAACGCUUCAAUGGCUUCUCCCAAAGAAAAUGUGGCACCUUUUUCAUGCACAAUCACUUGCCUGAGAUGAACAAUAAUCCCUAUUUGUCUCUCACCUUCCAUACAAGGCUUUGCUCAAGUAACACCAAUGGCAAUACGUACGAGCUAUCGGAUUCAAGCAGCCAUGAAGGUACGUGCAUAGAAAUUGAACUGUUAAAUUAUACUGAUAACGGAAAUAAUAAUCGUGAAGUUCGUUACAUUGAAGUUAUACGCAUCACACUUGACAAUUGCAAGAUAUUUUUAGGUUCAGAAGAAAGCAAAGAGAGUAAGAAAGGAGAGUCGCUAUCAAUCAAUGAGAUCAUGAAGAAACUCAAGAGAUAUGGAGUUUCCGGAAUCCUAUCCUACGGACUCUUAAACACGGCAUACUAUCUCACAACAUUUCUUUUCGUGUGGUUUUACGUUGUUCCAGCACCUGCGAAGAUGGGUUAUCGUCCGGCUGUAGAACGAUUUCUCAAACUGUUGGCGAUGGUUUGGGCCGGUAGUCAAGUCACUAAGCUUCUAAGAGCCGCCGGGGCAUUGGCGCUAGCGCCUUUUGUUGACAGAGGAUUGACCUGGUUUACUAAUAAGUUUAAGUUUCAAUCACAAGGGAAGGUAACUUAA